ACGGGUUAAUGAAGAGUUAUUCUUGUUGGUAUAAUCAUUAGGAAUCAUGGAAACCCCUUUGUCCCCGGAUUCUAGGCAGAAUUUGAGUGUAGAAGAGGAUAAAACACAUUUAAUUAUAAUACCAGAAACAUCAACUCAUACGUAUGAAGAACAUAAGGAAACUAAGUAUGAGAAUACGCCUACGGUUGCCCAGUUUUCCCUUGGGCCUAUUACACAUACAACGGUAGUAACAACGACAACAAUAACAACCACGAAUUUCCCGCCUAUAGUGUUUUAUCCGCCGAAAAAAAAGAAGAAUUUUGAUUCUAAACAGUAUCCGCUUUAUGAUGCGCCUACGCCAGCAUGUUUGAAGCGGUUUUGCUUUGAUAUUGAUGGAAAACCGGCAUAUUUUAGGGAAAGCGAUACGCCGCAAGAAUCACUUAGUCAGAUGCGGGAAGAUAUGGAGCGUCUUCAGAAAAACAAUACGGUGACUAUAGUUGUUAGGGGGGGAGAUGAACAAAGAUUUGAAAAAAAAGAUACACGAAUUGUAGAGAAUGAGAUAGGAUUACCGAUGCUUCAGCCGGAAUCCGUCUUAGGGGAAACAUCAUAUCAAGGAAUACAUAAUAAUUCAUUAGUUUCAUAUGAGGACGAGACGUUUAAAACUAGGGUUACUCAUAAAAAUACGUCUAAACAUGUAGAACAUGAAUCCUUUUGUUCAAAUAUUGAAGAAAAAGGUUUUCAGAAUAUUGUUGAUGUUGAUCCUUUAGAUAUUUCUAAUGCGAGUUUAAACAAAAAUAUUUCUAAUGAAGGUUCACAGAAUCAAUUGCCUAUAGAAUCUAAUCCGCCGUCAUAUCAACUUCUUCCUUUACCAUCACCAUCACUUUCUCCAGUUAUAACUACUUUAAAUUCGGAAAAUGAACAUUACUAUACUGCUCGAAAUAGUCGUUUAAACACAACAAAAGCGGUUCAUUGCAAGAACCAAAAAGAAAAUCAUGAACAAGUAGACAUAAAGGAAAUUAAUACAUUUGUUUUAUCUGACCAGGGAAAUUCCAUAAUUCGAAUUCCGGAAAUUUUGAAUAUUUUUGAUAAUUUACCGCCUAAUAUUCAAACAUAUCUUAUACAUCAUUUGCUUCGUCGAUGUAAUAAAACAACUCUACAGAUUGUUGCAAAUCUGGUUAAUCCAACGCUUAAACGGGAUUUUCUCGCUCUUCUGCCAUUUGAAUUAGCAUUCAAUAUUUUGAAAGAAUUGGAUGUAAAAUCGUUAUGCCGUGCAACACAGGUAUCAAAGAAAUGGAAACAAAUUGUUGAUGCAGAUGAAUGGAUUUGGAAAAUGCGUUUUGAUGUAGAUGGUUUUAAAUUACGGGAUAACGAGCUUGAUCAAAUUGCUUCAGAAGGCUGGGUUCCUCAAUGCGAGAAUUCAAAUGAUACAUCUUCAACACAUACGUUAAAAGAAACAAAGCAUGUUAUGCAUAUUAAUUCGAAUAUAUAUUCCAAAAAAUCUGAAAAAGCUUUGAAUAUUCAGAACCAAAAGCAUUCUCUUGCGGAGCAUAGAGAAACUACUGAAAAAUAUUUUCAAAAAGUAGAAAAUAAAGAAAGCGAUCUUAUUCAAAAACAACAUUUAUUUAAAGCAUUAUAUAAAAAACAUCAUAUUAUUCGAAAGAAUUGGAUGAGCCUCAAUAUAAAACCACGGCAUAUUUCUUUUCGAUGUCAUGACCGCAAUGUUGUUACAUGUUUGCAAUUUGAUGCAGACAAAAUCAUUACAGGCUCUGAUGAUAGUAGUAUAAAUAUUUAUGACACUUCAACAGGAAAACUUCGAAGAAGAUUGCAAGGUCACGAAGGAGGUGUUUGGGCAUUACAAUAUUUAGGUAAUUCUUUAGUAUCAGGUUCUACCGAUCGUACGGUUCGUGUUUGGGAUAUUGCUAAAGGUGAAUGUACACAAAUAUUUGAAGGACAUAUUUCAACCGUACGUUGUCUUCAAAUUUUACCUUCUACAAAUAUAGAAUUUGUUCAUAAUGGAACUAAAAAGCAAAUAAACACUUCAGUAAUUGUAACAGGAUCACGAGAUUCCACAUUGCGUGUAUGGAGACUUCCACAACCUGGAGAAGCUCAUUAUAGACCAUCACCCCCUUCUUCUCCAAAUGCUGUUAAUACAGAUAGUACUAAUGUAUCUACUAAUCCUUAUUAUAUAAGAACUCUUGUUGGUCAUACAAAUUCAGUAAGAGCUAUUUCUGGAUAUAAUAAUAUUUUGGUUAGUGGUAGCUAUGACAGUACAGUUCGAGUUUGGAGGAUUUCUACAGGAGAAUGUAUAUGGAGAUUAGUCGGUCAUUCUCAAAAGGUAUAUAGUGUAGUAAUUGAUUCAAAACGAAAUAGAUGUGUAAGUGGAAGUAUGGAUUGGAAAGUAAAAAUUUGGAGUCUUGAAACAGGCACUUGUCUUUGGACGUUAGAAGGUCAUAGUUCUUUAGUAGGUCUUUUAGAUCUCUCAUAUGAUUAUUUGGUAUCUGCAGCCGCUGAUUCUACACUAAGAAUAUGGGAUCCUGAUACUGGGAAAUGUAUUCAUGUACUUUCUUCUCAUACAGGAGCUAUAACAUGUUUUCAGCAUGAUGAAAAUAAAGUAAUUAGUGGUAGUGAUGGCCUUCUUAAAAUGUGGGAUGUUCGAACAGGGCGUUUUGUAGCUAAUAUACUUACUGAUUUAUCGGGUGUAUGGCAAGUUCGCUUUGAUGAACGUCGUUGUGUCGCAGCAGUACAAAGGGAUCAUAUAACUUACAUUGAAGUUUUGGAUUUUGGAGCAGCAGCGGAUGGAGUUCCUGAAGAAGAACGGGGUCGACGAAUUAUUGUUGAUAAUUCAUCGUUAAUGGAUGAUUUGGCUCAGACAAAUAGGGAAGCAAUCUAAAAGAAUUUUUUUUUAGUUUUCUAAAUACCCAAUACCUCUAAGAAU